AUGCCAACCCAUACCAAAAUUGUAGAGUCGCCUUACGGGGUUCACGUCCCGGUUAGUGACAUCCCUUGUUGGGUAUUCUCUGCGGGGACGGAAGUCACCCGUCGGAGCCCUCAAUAUUUCGAUGCAGAUAAUCCGGCCAAGUGCUUCAGCCUUCACGACGCUGAAACUUAUGUCAAACAAGUUGCAUGUGGCAUCGAACGCCUUGGACUACGGCCGAAUGACAAGGUCCUUCUGCUCUCUCCAAAUCAGCUCUUCUUUCCUGUUCUUCUGUGGGGAGUCAUUGCCGCUCGAUGUGUCUUCACUGCAGUAUCUCCGACUGCAUCUGAAACAGAACUUUCCUACCAACUGAAAGAUUCCGGCGCUAAAAUCAUUCUAGCUCAUCCUUCUGCUGCUGCAUUGGCAGUACGCACUGUAAAACGGCUCGGAUUACCGGCAAAAUCGGUCUGGCUAUUCGUGAACCCAGGAGAAAAGGUCGAACGUUCGUCGCAUGGAAUACAACCGUGGACGGAUUUCUGGUGCUCCCCGGAGGAUGUUAAGUCCUGGCAAUGGCAUAGGAUAACAACCCUCAAAGAAGCAAUGGAAACUACAGCAAUCAUCAAUUACUCCAGCGGGACUACCGGCACCCCAAAAGGUGUAGAGUUAUCGCACUAUAACGUUAUCGCAAACACCGUGCAGAUCACCCAAAAAAGGUCUUUGGUAGCCGACAGUCCCGAAGGACGAGCAAGAAAAGCCAGGUUGGAUGUCUCUGGGGAACGAUGGUUGGCCCCGUUACCCAUGUAUCACGCGUUCGGACAAAUCUGGUAUUGCAUGAAUGCCGCACAAAUUGGAGCAAAGGUGUUCAUUAUGAACAAGUUCAACGUGAAGAAGUUUCUUCAUUAUCUUGACAUUUACCGCAUCACGUUUUCCACGAUGGUCCCCGUUAUCGCGAAUAUGGUUGUGAAGUAUCCCGAUUCUCAAAGUUUCAACCUUAAAUCGAUCGAGGGUGUAGUAUCUGGUUCUGCGCCUCUCAGUCCUGAUACGGCUCGAAAAUUAAAACAGCUUUAUUUAAGCGAGCAUGCCACUGUAAAGCAGGGUAUGGGCCUUACUGAAACCACCUGUUCUCUUUUCCAGUUUGCGCCGGACGACAUAGAUGAUGGACGAUCGAUCGGUUGGUUGAAUGCAAAUUGCAAGGCAAAGAUUGUGCCGGUGCAAGGAGAUGAUUACAGCGCAACAGCAGCAGGUGACGCCGUGGUCGGUGAGAUAUGGGUUUCGGGGCCGAACAUCAUGAAGGGGUAUUAUAAUAAACCACAGGAAACAGCAAAAACCAUUGUUCACGAAGACGGUGAGCGAUGGAUGAAAACUGGGGAUGUCGGAUAUGUCGAUGAACUGGGCAGAUUCUAUAUAGUUGACCGACUGAAGGAAUUGCUCAAGGUCAAAGGCCUACAAGUCUCACCUGCUGAGCUUGAGCUUGCCAUUUUGCAGCACCCAGACGUGAGUGACGCUGCUGUUGUUGGGGCUAAGGUAAACGGUCUUGAUUACCCUCGCGCAUUCGUCGUCAGAAAGUCAAAAAAUAUCACGGCACAUGAUAUUGAAGAGUUGAUAAAGUCGACAUUUGCACCCCACAAGUGGCUUACUGCGGGUGUCUACUUCAUUGAUGUGAUUCCUCGGACUGCCAGUGGGAAGGUGAUGCGACGAUUAUUACCCAAGGUUAAUGAUAACUUAGAUAGCAAGUUGUAG